CCCCAGACAGUGGACAUGUCUCCCAGGAGCCCCAAGUCAGAGAAUUCCUCCAAUCAGAGUUCCCCAGAGAUGCCCACCACCAAAAACAGGGCAGAGAUGGCCAUCCAGAAGGCUGAGGCGCUGAAGGAUUUCUCCCGAUCAUCCUCUAGUGCCAGCAGCUUCGCCAGCGUGGUAGAAGAGACAGAGGGUGCCAAUGAGGACGAUAUGGGCAUGGAAAGCGUGUCCUCCUCGGGGAUGCCGCACAAGAGAGACUCCUUCAUCUACAGCACUUGGCUGGAGGACAGCGUCAGUACCGCCAGUGGGGGCAGCUCGCCAGGCCCCUCUAGAUCGCCACAGCCAGAUGCCAGGAAAGCAGGGGACCCAGCCUGUCCAGAGAUUAAGAUCCAGCUGGAGGCGCCAGAGCAGCAGGAGCAGCACACGCCCCAUUUGGGCUGCUAGCCCUCCCAGCCACGGAUAGGACGUCCCAGACCCAGCGGCAGAAGCACAAACUGAGAUUGCUGCUGAGCAGAGACAGUGACUCUGCCCUUCUCACCGAGGCCAACCCGCUGGACUCUUUGCUCUCCCUGUGUCCUCCCUUUGCCCAGGACCACGGCUCUGCAGGGCAGAGCGUCCUGGGCCUCAGGGCCGGGCCUGGGGGCUGUGGGCCCUCUGUGCCCCCUGAAUGGGACAGGGGCCUAUGAGUUGCCUGCCCCUGCCCCAGGAAAACUGCAGGCAUCGUGCCUGUCAAGGGGCACAGUGCCCACUCCAAGGGCUAGCAGUCCUACCCGGGGCCCCUGGCACAGCCUGGACAGGUGGUUGCUAGAGCUUCCAGCCUGAGCCCUUGCCCUACUUCCCUCCCAUCCCUUAGAUCUUCCACUCCCCAGGGAUGGCCCAGGUCCCUGCCCUACUCAGAAGAAACCAGGCUGGCACCUUUCUGGGCUGGGAAUCCUCUGGGACAUCUCAAAGGCUAGGAUCCCUGUACCCAGCUGCUCCUGCCAGGGUUCAGGACCGCUGUUGCUGUCUCCACAGAAGCCCUGGGCCUGGGUCUGGGCCUGGGCCUAGUCCUGCUCUCUCCUAGCUGUGUGAGCCACGUCAUUUCUCUUGGGGCCUCAGUUUCUUCCUUGAUAAAACAAAGGGGGGAGGGAUUGGCCUAGAGGGUCCCUUGGGUCUUUUCUUAUUCCAGACUUCUGUUCUUCUCUGAGCCUGCUCAGGUGAGAAGCUUUGAGCUUCUAGCUGGCCCUCCUUCCCAUCCCCCUCCUCCUACCAAGUCAUGCCCAGAGCGGGUGCCCCCUUCCCCCCUCUAUCCAGGACCGCAGGCUGCCCAAUCUUGCCCAUUAUUGACAUGCCAGGCUGUCAGUCAGGGGCCUCUACCUCGUGGGCCCUGUUCAGGCCACCAGGUUGAGGGGAGCCGAGUUAGGUGUAUGCCCUGGGCCACCUUCCCCAGACCCUUCCUCUCCUGCCCCAACAGGGCCCCCGCCUAGUCCUCAUCCUCAGCGGAGAGACUGGCACCGCCGUCAUCCCCCCCCAAGACUCCAGGUGUCCAGUUCCACUUUCCGACCUGUCCCUUCCCCCAUACCACUAGUCUCUCCCAGUGCAUCCUGGGAGGCAGGCAGGCUGAUGCCCAUUCCUCACCCCAUCUCCAACCCCUGCCCCGUGAUGGCUGGCAGGCCUGGGCCCAGGCUGUGAGCCCUCGGCCCAGGGAGGACUGGCACCCAGUGCAGUCUGAAGUGCUACCAUUGGGGAGUGAGGGGGUUCCUCUCCUCAUCAGCCCACUCCCCUGGCCCCCAGAGGCUUCUGGGAGUUGCAGUGAUGGUGGAGCUCCUGUAUGUCCAUGUCGUGUGUGUUUGUCUGUGUUUUUUAAGGCCUCGGGCCCCAGGGCCUGACGCCCAAGCCAAACACUUGUUUCUGAGACCGCGGUGUGUGUGCGUCAGUGACAGGUGUACAAAAUAAAGUUAUAUUUAUCACUAUUGUAA